GUCUCGGGCCGAGUUGACCUGAUUACUUACGCCGGAAGUGCGUCACGGUUCACUGGCCCGUGCCAGAUAAAGAUCUACCCCGUGUACAGUCUCUUCACACCUGACCGGCAAUCAGACAACACGUGUGUUAGACCAUCUCUCGUUUUUAACGGAGUCAGUAUAUCUCUACGUAAGUAGUGUCAGUUAUCUUAGUGCUCCGGGCUUUUAGCUAGGACACUAAGCCAGUAUAUUCUAUUGGAUAAGUAUUUGACUGCUGUAUCAUCACCGUAUCCUGACCUGUCCAGCGACCCGUGGUGAUAUAGAUCGACCUCCAUUGUAAACCAGAUAGCGUGACCAACAGCGAGAUAUGGCAAACAGAGGGACCACUCAGCCCAUUGAUGAGCAGGCAGCAGCGUGUUUACGCCGAGGUGAGCUGUUUCAGCCCCCUACUGCAUUCAUCGAACGGAUGGCCCUCUGUAUGAUGUCGGAUCAACGCUUUGACGAGAUCGUCUUGGAUAUGUGCAGUUUGGCAAAGGGUAAGAUGGGUAAGAAGGGAGCUAACCGGAGACAACUUGAAGGUUGGCUGAAGAAGGUCGCGGAAACCUUGGACUCGCUGCAGCUCCGUUCAUUCGCCUGGAUUGAGCAGCACGUCGCCCCGCUGAGUCGUCGCCCUAGAGUAGGACCUGUACCUGCAGAGUCGACGGCUUGUUACCGUGACAUUCGCCUGUCUACCGACCCCAAUCUGGAGCGCAGGAUCGAGGAUGCAGUUACCACUGAGGCCCCUGCAGCAUCGGAAGAUGACCUGGACCUCUUGGGGGAUGACCCGAUGGAUAUUGAGCUCAUGCCCCCAGUGGAUACCAUGGAUACCCCCGUGUUGGAGGAGCCAUUGAUUGGAUCGCCUGCUGUAUCCUCAUCCCAGCGACCAGAUAGCCAGACUGUACCGUCAGGUCGCGUCUCUGCCAAGGGUCCAGCCAGUGUGCGUGAGGAUUUUAUCCCCGUCUCCCGUGCUAAACCCAAGGUAAGUGACCGGCCAUCCAGGAGUACUCGCCGGACCAGUCCUCGUAAGAAGAGUUCCCGUAGGAGUCCCUCACCUGUCCGUCAUCGUUCCAGUCCGCGGAGAGCUGCCAGAAGCCCUUCAGUGUCUGCCCCUAUGCGUCGGACGAGCCCCCGUAAGCGCCCUCACAGCCAGUCAACUGGACCUAUUCCCAGGAAGACGGUCCACGUUGAGGAGCCCCGUACCACUCGAGUUGUGACGUCUGCCGAGACGAGGAGGAAUAGUGGUAGAGGUUCCGAGAGGUUCUGGAUCUACGUCGCGAAGCCGAGCGCCGAGGGUCAGACACUGUGUGAUUCCUGA